AAAACAAACAACAGAUAUACUCCCUACAUCUCAUUUUUUAUUUUACCCAACAUAAUAAUAAAAUAAUAUAUUUCUUUACUCCUACCAGCAUGAGCAAUUGCCAAAACAACCCCAACCACCCAACACCACAAUCAGCACAGUCACUGGGCCCAUCAUCACACAAAACGCAUUACCAUUCUCAACCCAAAUCAACACAAAAUCCAAAUCAAUAGCCACACAACCCAUUUCUACCAAGAUCGAGAUUCUCCGCAAUUGAGCUUGUCCAACCACGACAGGCUCCAUUGCAAGCUUUGCCGAGACCGAGAUUCUCCAUCAAACUUGAGAUUCUGACCCCAUAAAAUUUAUUGAUAAUGGUCAUCAUCUCAUCACAAAGAGUUAGAGGUGAUCAAAAUAGCUCAUAGCGUAUAUAGGGGCCGCUUUCAUAAGCGGAAGCACAUGUACCAAUUUUAGGUAAUAGCAUAAUAUCUUUUACAAAUAUGUUGUACAACUACAAAGUGCCUUUAGAUACAUUCGAACACAAUGUUGAUAAUGAAAAUGAGCUUUAGAAAUAUUUUCAAAAUAAAUAAUAGAAACAAAGAGAACUAGAAAGAUACAUAAACAAAACACACAAAGGAGAAUACUAAAGAUUUACAUGGUUUGACUUUAGGCCUAUAUCUGUGGGUGACAACAAGAAGAAAGUUAACUAAAAGAUUUAUAGAAUACAAAUUAGUGUGUAGACAAAAGCCAAACACCAGUAUUUAUAUAUAGACACACACAUACACACGUAAUAUAACUGUUUAAUUAAUCAUUUAUCUUUCCAUCUUGGCCCAUGUGUUCAGAUGAUGUGAUAAUUGCAAAAGAAGAUAUUUAUAUGGGAUUGGGGUUGUGUUGGAACCUGGAGCAGUUAUCAUUAAAAUGCUAUAUUAUCUGCAUGUAUCAAGAAAAAGGGACCUGUAACUCAAAAAAGAUGGCUACGUCAACCACUUCUAGUGAUUCCUUUCAUGAAAAAGAACUUGAAUGCAAAGAAAUUAUCAUUCAGCAACCCCACUGGCGCCCCGAGUGUUGCAUCUACAAGGUCCCCAAGAGACUUCGUGAGGUAAAGGUGGAAGCCUACACUCCAAGGCUAAUUUCAAUAGGUCCCAUUCAUCAUGACAUAGAUGCAUUGAAGGAAAUGGAAAGCCUUAAACAAAAAUAUUUCCAAGAAUUCUUUCAGCGGACCUGGAAAUGCCAGAUGGAAUUUAAAAACAUCGUUCAAAAAAAUGAAGACAAUAUCCGGCAUUGUUAUGCACAAGACAUCUCUCUACCCAAAAAGGAAGCUUUUGUGGAAAUGAUUUUACUGGAUUCUAUCUUUAUCAUUGAGCUCUUCUUAAGGACUGCUACAAGGGAAGAAUGUCAAAAGGAUGAUUAUAUAUUAAGUAAACCAUGGCUAGAUGAAGGAAUAAAGCAUGACUUGAUAUUACUUGAGAAUCAGCUUCCAUUUUUCAUUCUUGAUGAGUUACAUCAUCACAUUGGAAGGUCUACAGGCAUUCAUGAAUCAUUUCUUAAACUUGCCUGUACUUACUUUUUUCCCAGAGAAAAGAAAAUACCGAUUGAGAAGGAAGUAAAACAUUUCACUGAUUUGCAGAGAGAUUUCUACUAUCCACCCAACUUGAAAACUGGAAGCAUUAUUGAACAUCUACAUAGUGCAACAAAGUUGGACACGGCAGGAUUGAAAUUCCAGGUGUGUAAGGAAGCAGGAAGAUUUUUACUUGACAUUGAAGUCAAGAAGCCGAAUCCCUUAGAAACUUUUCCGAGAUUCAAAUGCUCGUGGCUCUUGCAUUGCUUACCAUGCUUAAAAUGCUUUUGGUGCUUGGACCGUCUGCAAACUAGAUUGGUAGUUCCACGCUUCGUGAUGGAUCACGGAACAGAAGACCUUUUCCGAAACCUCAUGGCCCUCGAGCAGUGUCAUUAUCCAUUCCAAGCUUACAUUUGCAAUUAUAUUGUGUUAUUAGAUUUUCUUAUAAACACUAGAGAAGAUGCGGAAUUGCUUGUUGAAAAAAAGAUUAUUGCUCACUCGUUAGGCAGCUAUAAAGCAGUUGCCCAAAUGGUUAACAAACUUGGCCAAGAAAUUGUGGAAAAAAAUUCAUGUUACCAUGAUGUCGCUGAAGAUCUUAAUGAGCACUAUGGAAACUGGUGGAAUAAAAAUAUUGCAUCCUUGAGAACAAUAUAUUUUCGUGAUGUUUGGAGAGGCACUGCAACUUUUGUUGGAAUUGUAGUCUUGUUUGUAACUGUUGGGAAUUUCCUUAGGCCUUUUGUCUUUCACAAAUAAGUUUCCUUUACUAUGAUGCUGUAAUAUCACUUGGAAAUCUGGCUUUGCCUGUAGUUGUUUUAAAAUUUUAUCAUUAAAUUUAGCUUGUGAUA